AUGCGAUACUUGGGCCAAUUUCCAAGCGAGUCAGACCUAAAAGAGACCAUAAUUCCGGAGCUGCUUGAAGAAGACCCAUCGCGAGAUGGCUUGGUGUCGUUCGAAGCCUUUGAACGGUUGAUGCUGAGGUACUUAAGUGAUCACACAUAUGAUCCUGAUGAUUCUGAAACUCUCCUGGCAGCUUUCCGGGUCCUGGACCCGCAGGGGCAUGGAUACAUAGAUUCCAACCUGAUGCAUGAAUGGCUGUCCACCAAAGGUGGCAAGGCAGCGGACUUUUUCAAAGAGCGCGAGACGUCAGACUUCCUGGA